AACAAGAAGCAGAGACAGUCAUCGUAGCCGUGAACAGUAAAUACGCUUGUGCCAGACAUCUAUUCGUUGUUAUACAAUUGAACCAACAUAGUAGGCUCGCUAUCUCUUUAGGCAAUUCAGCACCAUAGGCAUUGAGUUUUAAAUUGUAAACAUUUAACAAAAACAUUAUUUUUCAGUCGAAGAGAGCUCCCUCGGAUAUGGAUGCUCCCUCGGAUUCCGAGGAAAACGCUCAUGUUAUAAUAAUGGAUUCAACAAGAGCUGAGCGACCUGCACAGGAAGGCUCUCAAAGUGAUCCUUCCCUCCAAGGGGACAAGUGGACCCAAACCAUGCUGGGAAAAUUCCCCCCACAGCAUAACACAGCCACCGGACCCCCUCACUCUAGGGAUCAAGCAUUCAGUUUCCAUGAGAUACCGGAGGUGUCGCUGUGUCCCCCUGACAGCCCGGAUUUGGAAGACCUCCAUAGGACUUCCUCCCCUUCCCAGCUCUACCACCAGGUGCCCAUGGACUGCCCUCAUCUCUCCCCGCACCUGAAGCGAUGUCACUGCUGCAGGAACCAUCAGCCAACUACGGACAGCCCCUGUCCCGGCACCUUUCCUGCCACGGCCAGCCCCCACCCAGACUGCUCAUCCAGCUCAGCCAAAACCACCCAGAGCCGUGGCCCCUCCCACAUGCCGUCAUGCCAUGACUCUGUACAGUGCCACUGGCUACAGGGAUCAUAUGACGAUGGAGUUCACCAACCAGUCCAACAUCAUAUUGUAACAGUGAGGCAUGAGGGACUCCACAGGAUUCCUCGAAGUUACUCACAGCUGAUAGUGGAAUUCCCAAUGGCCGUGCUGGUUACGUGUGCCCUGGUCCUCUUUGGCUGCUCCUUAGCUGGGAUUCUCAUUGGUCCCCUGCCAGAUUUCUCAGACCCCCUGCUGGGAUUUGAGCCUCGUGGGACCAGCAUCGGGAACCGAUUGUCUGCCUGGGCCAAAUUACAGCUGAACAUGGGUCCUGGAAAAGCACUGUCUCCAUCACCACCACAACUUACAGACAGGGCUGUAGAUGGCUAUGUGGAUCGCAACGGAGGAGACAUCAGUGGGAGCCAGCAGACUACCAGGAUCCGACCCAGGAGAAUGGUGAACUGGGACCUGGUUCAGGACACCUUCUUUUGUGAUUCUCCAGGAGAGCACUACGCCCAGCUGGUGUUCCGCUCAGGAAAUUCAGCCAGUCUGUGGAGCCUGAAGGCUAUCCAUUCCAUGUGUGAGAUGGAGCAGGCAAGGAUUCGCUCUCAUGCACAAUUCCAAGACCUCUGCAAGCAAGGCCAACUGGAGAUGGGAGGAACUGCAGCAAGGCUAGAGUGCUGUCCUAGCUGGUCUCUUGGGAACUAUCUGGCUGUGCUGAGCAAUGCAACCUCCUGCCUGGGGCUGACGGCCCAGCAGGUCUCCAACAGCCUGAAUCUGCUUCGCCAGUGUGCCCCCUACUACCAUGAUGGAAGCCUGGCCCCAUCCUGUUCUAAGAGGGGAAAGCUGGGCCAUUGUGCUUCUGUACCACCUCAGUGCAAGCAUUCAAGUGCUGUUUACCAGAUCCUCCAUUACCUGGUCGACAAGGACUUCCUGGGGCCACAGACGAUAGUCUACAAGGUCCCCUCACUCAAAUACAGCCUCCUCUUCCUACCUGUAGAAAAGGGCGAUCCCAUGAUGAAAAUAUACUUAGACAACUUGGAGGGCCGUGACCUCACAUACAAGAAUACCACUAUCACAGGAAUGGACUUAGGCAUCAAACGGACACUUCUCAAGUACUACCUGGCUCGGGAUUCAGUCUACCCAGUAUUAGCAAUAGUGAUACUGUGCCUAACUGUGGCCCUUUACCUUCGGUCCUUUUUUCUGUCAGUAAUGUCUUUAGCAGCAAUUAUAGGUUCUCUCCUGACCUCAUAUUUCUUAUACAAAGUGGCUUUUAAGCUCACAUUCUUCCCUUUCCUAAACCUUGCUGCAGUCUUAGUCCUGUUGGGGAAUUGUUCCAAUCAGGUGUUUGCAUUUAUAGACCUCUGGGGCCUCCAGUUAUCCCAGAAACCCCCUGCCACACUGGAGAAGAGAGUCAACAGGGUACUUCAGGAAGUAGGGUACUUGAUAUUAGCAUCAGGUCUGACAUCUAGUGCUACUUUCUACUCAGGAUACAUGAGCAGUAUCACAGCCGUUAGGUGCUUUGCAGUGUAUCUUGGCACUGCCUCCUUAAUAAGCACACUUCUGGCAAUGGUAUGGUUGCCUUGUUCCCUGAUUUUGCGUGAGCGCUAUGCUGUGUCAGUUGGCCCCUCUGCUCCUGCAGGGAAGCCCUGCUGUGCCCUGAGUCCAGCCGGAUUUUGGGAAACAAGCUCACGAAAACGAUGCCUCUUCAUGAUGGUGCGAAAGCUUAGGGGGUUGAAGCGUGGACUUGCCGACACUUCAGACUUGCUAUUCAUAAAACUUCUGCCAUGUGGAGUGGUGAAAUUUCGCUACAUUUGGAUAUGUUGGUUUACAGUGCUGGCAACGGGAGGAACCUACAUCACUUGUGUGGACCCAGGCAUGAAGCUUCCAGCCUUGUACAGCAAGGCCACACAGCUAUUCCGCUCCAGUCACCCCUUUGAAAGGUAUGAUGCGGAAUACCGGCACCAGUUCAUGUUUGAGCGCCAAAAAAGCGGGGAAGACAAACCCAUGACAAUUACCCUUGUGUGGGGUGUUCUUCCAACUGAUAAUGGAGAUCACUUGAACCCCAAAAGCAAUGGCUCUUUAGUGCUAGACCCACACUUCAACAUGAGCAGGCCCGAGGCACAAGUGUGGUUGAGAGAGCUGUGUGGGAAAAUUCAAAACCAGAGCUUCUAUUCAUUGCCAUCUUCAUCACCCAAGGAGGAGGUGCGGGGUGACAACAUUUGUUUUGUGGAGCAGCUUAUACACUGGGUGUCUAUCAGACGCUGCUCUGAGAGUGAUGAUGUUUUUACUUUCUGCUGCAACGAUAUUCCUUUCCCUUACACUUCAGCUGUUUUUGAGCAUUGUCUGGGCAUGAUGGCUGCAGAGAAACAUGGAGGAGGGAACCAGCCCAGUACUGCAGGGCCAUAUUUUGACUCAGAAGGUCAAAUUGCUGUGCUAGUUAUGGAGUUUAAGACCACCCAUCUUUAUAGUUUCAACUUCAGCCAAACCACAGACUUCUACAAUGAGAUCGAGAUGUGGUUUAACAAAGAAAUAUCUGGGGCUCCUCUAGGACUUCAUAGAGGAUGGUUUGUGAGCCAGUUGGCGCUUUAUGAUCUCCAACAAUGCCUAAGCUCGGAGACCUUAGUAGUCACAGGCUUUUCUGUGGUUCUGACUUUUGUUCUGCUUCUCUUGACAACGUGGAAUAUCCCGCUGAGUAUCUAUGGCGCUGCCGCAGUGGGAGGAAGUGUAUUUGUCACCGUUGGACUCCUGGUCCUGCUGGAGUGGCAGUUGACUGGCCUUGAGGCUCUCUUCAUAUCGGCCGCUGCAGGACUGUCAGUUGAUUUCACUGCUAACUACUGCAUUUCCUACAGCCUGGCUCCACACUCUGACCGGCUGGGACGAGUGGCACACUCCCUGAAGAGGAUGGGCUGUCCUGUGGCCAUAGGAGCUGGAUCCUUUUUCUGUGUUGGUGUCAUCAUGCUGCCCGCGACUGCCCUGCUGUUCCGCAAACUGGGUAUCUUUCUGCUGCUGGUGAAGUGCGUGGCCUGCUGUUUUGCUACCUUCUUCUUCCAGUCCCUCUGCUGCUUCUUUGGGCCGGAUAAAAACUGUGGACAGAUCCUCUGGCCGUGCACACCAGCCACUAGCCAAUAUACAGUGAAAGGGACAGAAAACAUGCUGUCCUCCUGCUCAGCUUCCAGACCGGGAUCCUCAGACUCUGCAGCUAAUGGGGCUUUUCGCUGUGGGGGGAAGACCCAUCUCCAGAGGAGUUAUGGAAAAGGCGGCAGUGGAGGAAAUCACCUCUGCCCAGGCCAACAGAGACACAGGCAGAGACAGGGUCGGGGAGGGAGGGAGCCUGAACAAUAUGAGCUUCAGCCACUGGCCUGCCAGCUGAAUGACAGCUUUGAGAACAGCACAUGCACAAGCAAACUGUCCAACAGGCCUUCAGUCCUAUCUGAUGAAAUCCAGUUCCACAGCCUGAGCCCUGGAAAAGACUUGGAGAGGCAGAGCAUGGAAAACCCCAGCAAGGGCUCAUCCUGCAGGCACCUCAACAGCUGUAAUCCCCCCGCCCUGCAGACCUCAUCACCAUACAGGGAGAAUACCCUGUGGCCAGCAAUGACUUCUACAGCGGACCUGACCCAGGGGCGACUCUUAUGCAGGAGGUGCCAGAGCCAGUCAGGUGGCAUCAGACAUUGGAAUGUCUCCCUAUCAUCUUCUUCCAGCAUGGAGGACAUCAUUAUCAGCAGCCAGCCUCUGGAUACCAGCCACCGGCGUUCACUGUCCACAGAAGGAGCCACUGGCAGUCCCUUCAAGUGCCAACCCCACCAACAUCUCUUGUCUUCUCAGUCUCAGAGCUCUUUUGAUGGGCUGGAGGACUCCAAUGAGACUUGCCUGAGUGAUAUUGAGCCUGGACCCUCAAUCCCACAGGCUCCCAAUAAAGUUGAAGGAGAGCCUGAACCGGGCCACUUGAAUGGUAAGAGGGAUACCUUACGUCUGUCCCUGAGGGAAACUGUAUUUGAGGCAGCUUGCUCAGGGACUGGUAAGGGACGGAGCAGCCAGGGAGAUUUACCUGUGAUCCUGCCCAAUAGCAAGCCAGGCUUGCCCGAUGUGUGGAUCAAGAGGGAGGGGCAGAGUGGAGAUGGAAGCUGAUAAUGAAUGACCAUAAUAUGUUCUUGAGACUGAAGAGGCAUUCUGCACUUGUAAGGCGUUACUGUUCCAUGUUUUAAGUAGGACCAACAGGCACUUUUAAUUCAUUCAUACUUUUCCUUGAGAUGCAUCCUGCCUGUUGUUCAGCAAGCAUCUCUAUAACCAUCAUAUUUGAAUGAAUGGAUAUUUAUCAAACUAUCCACUGUGUAAUUAGCCACUGUGUAAUUAAUAAUUCAAAUUCCAUCCUAACCCCUUUUACAAUAGCUGUUGACUGUUAACAACCUCCAACGGUCAUCCUGAGAACGGACACACACUCUAGACAUCUACAGUAGGAGUUGUAUUGUGCCUGUGGAACAGAACCCAGAAAGAACCCUUAAAAAUUUGAAUACUUUAUUUGAACAAAACCUGCUGUAUAACUGUUGACCACACUUGCAAAAUAUCUGUAGACAUCACAAUUGAAGGACACAUGACUACAGAUGGAGGCACUUAAAACAUUUCAGACAAAAUGUAUAUAACAGCUAAUAGUCUGCAGCAGCAAUGAUGUUUUGAUAGUGUGUUGUUUCCUUUCACAUUUUUGAAUUUGACGAUGUAUUGAAUUACAUUUGUAUUUGGUGGUGUAUUGAAUUCCUUUCACAUUUUAUGGUGUAUUGAAUUCCUCUGGCAGUUGGUUUUGCAUUUAAUCGUCCUUGCAUUUAAUGAUGUAUUGAAUUACCCCAGUGCAGCACAUACAUUUGUGCUUUGCAUAUUCUUGUUGGUUUAACUGUAUGAUGAGUGCAACUCACAAGUAGAAAAUAGAUCAGACUGAAUAGUUGUCUUGAUAUGCAUCACAUGGUUGGAGGAUCAAAAUGCAGAACAGAAAAACAGAUUGUAAAACCUAUGAGCCUAGUUAUGUCGGCUCAUAGGUUAUAAGUCCUAACACUGGACUGCAGAUCAUAACCAGAGAUUAUUAUAUAUCACAAGAUUACCUGUCCUUAACCUUUACCAGUUUCAAAAUCUUUUUUGUAUCAAGACAACAAUGGUGUUCAGUUGUUAAUGUUGUUCAGUUGUUUAUUGAACUUUGUAAGUUUUGCAAAGGAAUUUAAUUUAAUUCAGGGAAGACUGGUUAUCACACAAAGUGUAAGAAAAUAGCAUACACUGUUACGCAGUAGUAUAUGUUAAAGAACAGCACGGAGUCCUUUCAUUAUUUCAGAAAUAAUUCUAACCAUAGUUGAUAUGUCUCAGCAAACCUGGACAACUUAACAAUAGCAAUGUACGGGAACAUGGAAGCACUUCUUUCAGAAUAUUUUAACCAGGAAGUGGAUCUGUAAAAUGUCCGACACAGAAUCCAGAAAUCUACUACAACACAAACAUUUCUUUUAUGUAAGAAUACUCUAAACCAGAUUUAUGGUCACUGAUCUAUGGGUAGAAACUUCAGUGCCUCAGUCAGUACUUGGCUUGCUGGUGGUAAUACCGACGUAAAAUAUGAAGUGCUUCACUGAGGAUAACAAGCAAAGUGUAGUCCUUUUCAGACAAGAGCAUUGCCCCGCAGAAGCAAUGCUGAUUAGUUCAGUUCAGUUAAAGGGAUAAUUCACUUUUUGUGAAGUUUUUAUGUAAGUUCAUUUUAGUGUAUAUUUCCAAUCGGUCCGGUCAGAUUUUGUGUGUAAUUAAGGAUAUUUUAGAUAUUUACAGAAGGUUCUGAUGACCUGCCCUGCUGGCUUUACAAUAGGUUGUUAUACAGAGACAUGGCCAUAUGUGGCCUUAAAACAAGAAAUAAAACUUCGAAUUACACAAAA